GUAGUGCUGGUGCACCCGCAAAUCCCGCAGAACACCGGUAAUGUGGCAAGGACGUGCGCUGCGACCGCAGCCCCGCUGCACCUGGUGGGGCCCUUGGGCUUCCAGCUGGACGACCGCAAGCUGAAGCGAGCCGGCCUGGACUACUGGGACGCCGUGGCUGUGAACACGCACAGCUCCUGGGAUGCGUUCUUUGCCUUCUUCCAACAGCUGCCGAAUCCAAAGCGGCUCGUGGCAUUCACCGUGUACGGCGAUAAGUACUACGCAGGACCAGAGUUUUCGUAUCAGCCGGGGGAUUGGCUGGUGUUUGGGGCGGAGACGUCAGGGCUUCCACCCAAGGCACAUUCGGACGUGUUAGCCUCCGGGGGCUGCCUAGUCAAGAUACCCAUCCGGGACAUGCAUGUGCGUUCCAUCAACCUGUCCGUGGCUGUGGGUGUGGGACUGUUUGAGGCAAUUCGCCAACUGGAC